AUGCCGCCCCCCGCCGCAAUCUGCUUCCCUCUUCCACACCCGCGCACGCCCGGCGCAGCCUCUCCCGGCGCAUUUCUCCCCGCCGCGACAGACUUGCCGAAAUUUGAUCGCUCGCUCCACGAUUCCCAUUUCGACGUCACUCUAAAGUCCGUUUAUCCUCCCGCGCCUCAUUCUGCAUGCGCAUUGUGCUUUGGCGAGGGGGGUCCUAGGCGCGGCGCCAAAGAACCGCGCCCUCGAAGAAGCGCGCAGUACGGCGGAGUGAGACGGGGAACACUCCGCGCGAGACCGGGGGAUCUGCGCACCCCUCUUGCGCGCGUAGCGGGAGAUGAAGGCGGAGCAGCGAGGGCGGGGCAAGCAGAAGGAACGGCGGGCGGAGCUGCGGGGGCGCCCGAUGCGCGCGUGGCGCGAGUGAUGCGCGUUUUACGGGAAGACCUGCCGGUUCAGUACGAGCGCGACCUGGAUUGGUCCAUCUACGACGCCAGCGUGGCAUUCGUGGACCCUGUCCCUCCCGAUGCAUGCACCCGCUCGCCCUUCUCCCCGCGCCCGGGGCUGGAGGGGCGCGUGGGGGAGGCGGUGAGCGCCGUGCGGAGUGUGUGGAGCACGAGGGGGCAGACCCGGUGGGGGAAGGCGCUGAGCAUCACUGGAGACGACGUCUUUCGCGUCAACAGCACGGGCAAGAUCAUCACACAUGAGUCACACAUGAGACUGUCUGGCAAGACCGGGAAGGGUAGCGAAGGAGCAGUCGACGUCCAGAAGCAGGCUUUCACGUGGCACGCUGCCACCAACAAGCACAAACUCGCGAUACAACGGCAGGAUCAGCUCGUUGGUGCGACGAGGCAGCCGCGGAUUGACGAGCAUCCUCUCGCGCACGACAGCGAAAAGGUCCGGGUGAUAUCACUGUUGGACGCUCUCCUCUUUGUCAGCAAGGAGGACGCACCCAUGGAGCUUUGGGUGGGAUUGGUGCGAUACCUGGCUGAGAGGGGAGUCCCCGGUUUCCCGAAGAAGGGGUACGGGACAUACUACACCACGUAA